AGGUAAAGCAAGCGACAUUUCAAUGUUCGGUCUCAAGGAAACAAUUUUCUUCUCUUUGGCAGUUUUGUGCUUUGUUGAGGCGGCGAAACGGAAUGCUCAAUGCGACCUGGUUUGUCAGAGAAAAAUGACAAUCGAAUGUUGCGAAUGCAUCGGGUGUCAUCAGGGAAUGCGAUUUGGAAAACGAUCACAGCCAUUCAGCACUCCAGAACUUGAAGAAGCAGUUAUCGCUGCCAAUGAGUUGACUGGGAUCGAACAAGCUAUCGUCGAGCUGGAGCUCGAGCUUGCUGCCAGAGUCCCACCGCGUCGACUUCUCGAGAAGUACAUUCACUGAUUUCUUCUUUCCACUUCAUGCCCUCCGCUCGCUUCUGAAUAAAUGCAUCUCUAGUAAUGAAUUAUCUGUUUUUUCCCUCAAAAUCCGAAAAUUGUGAUAGCUCCCCUGGCAUAGACUUUAUUCAAAUAAAAAUUUGAAUACGUU